AUGACCUCAUUCGGCACGGUGCCCGUGGACGACGCCAUCCGCACGCUGAGCGUGGAGAUGUCCAAGGACAAGAACGCGUCCUUCAUCGGCAAGACGGAGCCGGAGAUGGAGAUCCUGGCCCACUACGCGAACAAAGGCAAGCGCCGCGCCGCCAUGGGCGCCAUCUUCGGCUCGUCGGUCAUGGCCGGGCUCUGGAAACUCUCCAAGAACCAGAAGAAAGUGGCGGGCGCCUUCGCCAUGAUGUCUGGCGGUCUGUUUGGAGCCUCUUACGGCAUCAUCAGCAUCCGCCGGGACUUGUUCUCGGACCUGUUGAUGCUCCCAUCGGACAAGUCGCCCUUUGCGGCGCGCGCUAGGAACAUUGACUCGUGGAACGAGGAGGUUGCGGAGCCGGGAAGCUUCGUGUCGAAGCCGACGAACAAGCUCCCCCCCGCGCCUCGCCGCUUUGACAACGACAUCUCCAGCAGCAGCAGCAUCCCGCCGAUCACUGGUCUUGACACACCGCGCGGCAAAAAAGACGCCAAGGACUGGAAGAAUGACGACCAAGCGGCUUUCGGAGAGCCCAAUGACAGUGGAGUUCGCUCACCAUUUUUCUUCGGCGCGAAGCCUCCUCCGGCUGAGGAAGCGUCGGACUUCGGAGACCGUGACGCCCUUGUCUCUCGUGACCCGUACGCUCACUACUCGCGGGACUCCAGCCGUCCUGGGUCGGAUAAAAAUCUGCCGCCGCUCCGCCACGACGAAGACGACUAUUUCUUUGGAGUGCCCAGUGAACCUGUGGCUAAGCCCACGACCUGGGAAGAGAUCCGACGUCGCGCUGCCGAGCAGCGGAAGUGAGCAAUGGACCUACCAUAGCAAGUGCAACUGGGAAACAAGCAAAACCAAGGGAAAUGUCGUGAAGCAGAACCUUUGACGAGGGCAUUGUGGUGCAGCUGGAUUUGGAUCGAGCCCGACUGUUCAGUGAUUUGUUAGUGUGUGUGUGUCUAGGGCGAGCAGGAUGCAGUCGGCGACCGCUAGCAGCGAGAAGCCCAAGGCCGAUGAUCAUCUGAAGCCGUACAUGACUGGGGUGAAGAAGCCGAAGGAAGGUGGACUGCAGACUUCCAGCUCAGUGGUGAGGUUCUCCAGCACGAAGGCGUUGUCGUACGAGGGGCUGCUGUCGGAGGAGGAGCUGGCCGUGUUGAGAGCCAUCGUGGCUCGAGAAGCUGGGCUGGAAGAGUUGCUGCGCUGCUGCUGCGCGUUCGAGGACGACCAGAGUGUUGAGCUGCUUGAGGCGCUCAUUCGUGUUCGAGAGCUCUCGCUAGCGACUGUGGAUGCGGUCGCUGGGUGGCGACGACGCAUGAUCCAGAUCCGCCCGUUCCUGUGGCGAGACCUCAACUACGUGCUCAAGAUGACGUGCGACCUCGACUUCGUUAGCAAGAGCCAGCUCGCCACCUCUGCGAUGGACGGAGUGCGCUUGCCUCGGCGAAACCCGUUCUCGACGAUCGGGGGUCUGGACAACAGCAUGCGCGUGUUCUGGGCCAUCGAAAUGCCCCAAGAAGAGGAUUUGUCCGUGCUGCUGGA